AUGUGUACUGAGCUCGGUACUCCAUUAGCAGAGGAUAAGACCAUUGGCCCUGUUUCUGUACUUACAUUUCUAGGAUUAGAGAUUGAUACCAUUAAUAUGUUGAUUAGGAUCCCUCAGGCAAAAGUUGAUAUUCUGAAACAAAUUAUACAUGACUUUUUGGCAAGAAAAUCAGUUUUAUUGAAAGAACUAGAAUCAUUAGUAGGAAUGUUAAAUUUCUUUGGAAAAGCAAUAAGGUCCAGUAGGGCAUUCAAUCGUAGGUUUUACGAUGCUAUGAGUGGUGCCUCAGAAGCUCAUCAUCAUGUAAGGUUAUCAGUUGAGUUGAAGGAGGAUUUAUAUGUGUGGUCUAAGUUUUUAGAGGAGUUCAAUGGGAUUUCCUAUUUUCCAGAUAAAGAGUGGAUAAGUUCAGAUGUACUAAAAUUAUAUACAGAUAGUGCAGGAAGUGCAGAGCUUGGAUGUGGUGCAUAUUUUCAGGGUAAAUGGGUGUUUUUUCAGUGGCCAUUAGCAUGA